GGGGGGGUGAGGGUGAGGUGGGAGUGAGUGGCUGGCGCUGGCAGCCCGCUGUCGCCGUGUUCAAUGAGAGCUCCUGAUUGCGGGCGCUGUCAGCAGCGUACUUGGCCGUUUAAGAGCUGUACAUACCGGUAGAGUAGAUGUCAUCCGAAGCUGUACUUGCGUUGGACUGACUGGUAGCAUCGGCAUCGAUGUCGGUGUCAGCAUCGGUGUCGGCAUCGGCAUUUGAGUCACGAUCGGCGUUGGCGUCGUGGGAGCCACGGUCGGCAUUGUUACCCAGAUUCACAACGUGGCGGUCGAUGAUGGCCUUCCAGUUCAAGACGAGGACAAGGACGGUAGCGAUGACAGCAGAGACAACAGCAAGAGCGAUGGCAGCGGUGGACGUCCGGCCCGAGUCGACGGCAAAGAUGAGGAUGACGAUGAUGCCCGCGAGCGCACCUGGGAGCGGGACGAUGGCGCGCCAGCGCUCGACGGCAGCCCAGGCGACAGCAACAAGGCCGAUAGCGAUGACAAUUGACGCCAGUAUGAUUUGGAGGCUGAUGUUGUUCUUGAGUUUGGUGGCGAUGGCCGAGAGGACAAGAACAAGCGCAAACGGCAUGGCACCGAGCGGUGCGCGCGAGGAUCGCAAGCCGGUGAACAGGAAGCGGAUGCCAGCCUCGACGAGAUGCAUGCGAUGAGACAAGGCGCGACGGGCCAAGCCUGCACGGGUAGUGCUUAUGCCACAGCCCAGAACAACGAGCGGAAAGCCGCCGACAAAAGCAACGGCCAUCGGCCAGAGGAGAAGGUAGGCGACGAGCUUGUGUGAGCCAGUGUAGCACUUGGUGGCGAUCUCGUCGUCAAGGCGUGAGACGUUGUCGGCAAAGGUUGUGCACGAGAGUCCAGCAAGUGUCCGAUACGUGAGCGGGGUAUAGAAGGCGGCGGCAAUAAAAGCGAGGGCGUAGGUGA